AUGGAUUACAGUCUUGACUACAGCGAGGAAAAUCGAGAGUUCCUUGAGCGAGUUGGUGUACGGGAACUUCUUGAAAGCUUCGUGGCUGAGGCUGUUCGACAAAAACCCCACAACCUCUACGCUUUUAUGCAGAGUUGGGCAAAUGCACGGUGUCGACAUCCUCCGAGUAUAACACCUCAGCAGGCAGCUCUAAAAAUACAAUGUGCGCUUCGUCAGUACAAAGCCAGAAAACUCAUGAAGAGUCGUCAACAAGCAGUGAUUGCAUAUGGGCAAAAAGAGCAAGAAAAGGAGCGAUAUGUAAGAGUACAGAUCGAAGAAUAA